ACCAGGAGAGACCCCUUUGCAGAAUCCUCGGCGAGGCGCGGGGACCUUCCCUCCUCGGCGAUUCCUGCAUGCUCGGGGAAGCACCUGGAUCGCUCCGCCUCCGGAGAAAGCAGGCAGAGGCCAGCGGGGAGGAGGUCCCUCGCCUGCUGCUGGUGCUGCUACACCUCCCCAUUGGUCAGCCCCACACCGCCUCAUCCUCCGGGUCAGGAACUCCGAGGGUCGCCUGAAGGGACCAGCGAGGGAGCCAUGCAAACGGCGACCGCCUCGAUCCUCGACGUUUCAAGGACGGUGGUGAUCCGCGAGGACGGCAACCAUGCCCAGAAUAACUACACAGGACAAUGCAGCCAAAUAUUUCCACCUCACCUUGGCACAUCACAGAUAAUCCAUGGCAAUGGUACCACCAUUGGCACUGUAAUAACAUUCCAGUGUUCUGCAGAACACCAGCUGAUUGGACAAGGUGUUGUCACGUGCAUGUGGAAAGGAAACAGCACGCAGUGGACAGCAGACAUUCCCUCAUGUAAACCCAUAUCCAAAUAUGAAACCUUUGGAUUUAAAGUUGCAGUGAUUGCCUCCAUUGUGAGUUGCGCCAUUAUUCUGCUGAUGUCGAUGGCUUUUUUAACAUGUUGUCUUACCAAAUGUGUUAAGAAAGGUGAGAGAAGAAGAGCUCAAAGGGAUAUGCAGCUGUGGUACCAGCUCAGAAGUGAAGAACUGGAAAACAUGCAAGUGGCUUACUUUGGUUUUAAAGGCAGAAAUAACAACAAUAACAGAAAAAUAAAGAAUAGGCCAGUAUUUGAUGAUGGUAGUAACAUGGGAUAUGACAAUCAAGGCUUCUGCAGCUUCCAUGAAGAAUGGAGCAGAGAUAUCACAGAGACUGACUGUUGUGGAGAAAAUGAUUUACGUAGCAAACCAGCCAAAACUAGCAGUGCACUUGGUAAACAGUUAGUACCAGGACAUAAUAUUGCCAUACAUACCAUAAGUACAAUACAUGUUGUAGAGGUUUAUGGGCAUGAAAAGGAUAUGCAUGUGACAUUGGAUACUUAUUUACCUGGAUAAGCAAUCUCAGAAAUGCAGCUGAAGAUUUGCUGGACUAAAGCCAAAUGUGAAUGUGCUCAAUGUGCCUUAAGGACUGUAUAGAAAUAAAUAACUGAUUGGUCCUGUGUAUCGGUUACAAUAAAUGUCAGAGUAUCUACAAAUUAAAUAGAUUUAAUAAACGUUCUUUAAAAAUGCAUUCUUGUUUGAUUUAAAUAAAAUAGUGCACCUUGAUAUUGAAAGUAAGCUGCCAUUUCUGCAAUUUUCUUUCAAAAAAAAAUGAUCACAACAAGAAAAUAAUGA